AUGAUCUCUGCCUCUACUCUGACGGCCCUCUUGGCUUUGAGCCAUGGUGUUCUCGGACAGCAGGCUGGCACCUCGACUGCUGAGACCCACCCUCCCAUGAGCUACCAGAAGUGUACCGCUGGAGGUCAAUGUCAGACAGUGAGCACUAACAUUGUGCUCGACGCAAACUGGAGAUGGUUGCACUCGACCAGCGGAUACACCAACUGCUACACCGGCAACACCUUUGACAAGACACUUUGCCCCAACAACGUGCAAUGUGCUGCCAACUGCGCUCUUGAUGGAGCAGACUACUCUGGUACCUACGGUAUCCAGGCCAGCGGCAACUCUGUCAGCUUGAAGCUCAAGCAGGGAAACAACAUUGGCUCUCGUGUCUACUUGAUCAAUGGCAACAAGUACGAGAUGUUCAAGCUGAAGAACCAGGAAUUCACCUUUGACGUCGAUGUCUCCGGUCUUGGCUGCGGUAUCAACGGUGCCUUGUACUUUGUCAAGAUGGAUGCCGAUGGCGGUCUUGCCAAGUACCCCACCAACAAGGCUGGAGCUCCUUAUGGAACAGGCUACUGUGACGCUCAAUGCCCAAGAGAUCUCAAGUUCAUUGCCGGCAAGGCAAACGUUGAAGGAUGGACUCCAGCAAGUGGAGACCCCAACUCUGGAACCGGAAACAGCGGUUCAUGCUGUGCUGAGAUGGAUAUCUGGGAGGCUAACUCAAUCUCCACUGCCCUCACUCCCCAUCCUUGCUCUACCAACGGCCCUUGCACUGGCAACACCACCUGCGGUUCUGGCGAGUCUCGCUACGACGGCUACUGCGACAAGGAUGGUUGUGACCUCAACCCCUACAGAUUCGGAGCCCAGAACUUCUUCGGUCCUGGAAAGACCGUUGACUCCAAGUCCAAGAUGACAGUAGUCACCCAAUUUAUCACCUCAGACAACACCGCCACUGGCACUCUCAGCGCCAUCCGCCGCAUCUACGUCCAGAACGGCAAGGUCAUCCAGCAGGCGGACACCAACGUUUCGGGCAUCACAAAGACCAACCAGAUCACCGACAAGUUCUGCAAGGAGCAAAAGGCUACCACCGGUGACCCCGACUCGUUCUCCCAGAAGGGUGGUCUUGCUGGCUUCGGCAAGGAUCUCGAUGCUGGUAUGGCCCUUGUCUUCAGUGUUUGGGAUGACCACACCGCCAACAUGCUCUGGCUCGACUCUACUUACCCCGUUGGCUCCAACAAGGUCGGUGCUGCUCGUGGCACUUGCGCCACCACCUCUGGUAAGCCCAGCGAUGUCGAAUCUCAACAGGCCAAUGCUGCUGUCACCUUCAGCAACGUCAAGUUCGGAGCCAUUGGCUCCACCUACAAGUCCCAGUAG